AGUAAAGGGAAGUGGGAAAGGGGAAAUUCCGCCUCCCUGCUAUGUUUGUUAGUCAGAAAGACAGCAGGAACAGCUCAUAAGUGGGCCCCAGCAUUUGAUUUUUAAGAUAAAAGAAAAAGGAAUCUUCUUCAGCAAGUUGUGAAACACAGCCUUCGGAGAUCGAGAACUCUGUCCCAUCUCAGUGGAGCAAUAGAGUUGUCUUCAGUGUCUGCUUGGUAGAUACCAUCCAGGCUUCUCUCCUGCUCUGUUUCCUGGUUUUUGUGAGCCUUGGAGGUGCCCAGACUCCCUUUGGCUCUACAUGCCUGGCUUUCACCAUCUAUCCAAAGCAUCUGAAGCUAUGGGUUGCCAACUGAGGCAGGAUCCACCACGACUCAGGUGUUCACAUCUCAGGAUUGCUCAUCUCUUUGUGCUGCUGUUUGGUCUUUUUCGAAUGUCUUCAGGUAUUGUCCAAAUGUCCAAGUCAGUGAAAGAAAAAGUAUCACUACCCUGUGGUUACAACUUUUCCUAUGAGGAGGCGGACAUGUUGCAAAUGCGAAUCUACUGGCAAAAAGAUAACGAAAUGGUGCUGAGUUUCAUCUCUAAGGAGACGAAAGUGUGGCCCAAGUAUGAGAACCGGACUUUACUUGACACCGAUGACAACUUCCGUCUUAUGAUCCUGCCCCUGUUCCUUUCAGACAGGGGCAAAUACACCUGUGUGGUUCAAAAGAGAGAAAAAGGGUCUUUCGUACUGAAGCACUUGACUUCUGUGGAGCUGUCUGUCAGAGCUGACUUCCCAGUUCCUAACAUAACUCAGUUUGGAGAGCCAGCUGCAGACAUUAAAAGGAUAAUGUGCUUUGCCUCCGGAGGUUUCCCAAAGCCUCGACUCACCUGGUUGGAAGAUGGAAAAGAAUUAAGUGGCAUCAAUACAACAGUUUCUCAGGAUCCUGAAUCCCAACUGUACACUGUCAGUAGCAAACUGGAUUUCAAUAUGACAUACAAUCACAGCAUCGUGUGUCACAUUGCAUAUGGAGACUCUCAAGUGUCAAAGAACUUCACCUGGGAAAAACCCCCAGAAGCCCCUCCUGAUAGAAAUCACCAAGUCUUCUACGUCAUAAUUGUGCUAGUAGUUCCUUUUGCAAUCUGCAUUGUGCACAGGUGUUUCAGAAGAAGAAAUACGACAAGCAGAAAAGGAAACAAUGGCAUUUACCUAGGGCCUGCAGAAGUGUCAACCGGACAGAAUGUCUGAAGGUCUCACCUACAUUUGCAACCAGCUUCUUCUGUAAAUGUCUUCAGAAAUCCAACUGUGCCUUGCAAACAUCUGUUCCCUAGGCAAAGCCUCUGCAGUGCUUUGCAGAAGACCAGCGAAGAAUUUAACACGUACCACAGUAGCCCUGCUGAUGCUGAAAAAGUAGUUUAGAGACUUAAUUCUUUGUCUGGAAGGGACAUUAGGGAACACUAACACAUCUGCCCUCACUAACACACACACACACACACUUUUAAGAUUCAGUUUUACCCUGUUGCUCAAGGUGACCUAGAAGUCACUAUGUGGCCCAGGCAGGUUUCAAACAUGCAGCAAUCCUCCUGCACUAGUGCCAGAAUUACAGGUGUGAGCUACUACCCUUGGCAGAACACUAGUUGUAUUACUGAAGACUCUUAGGCUCCAGGAGGAGACCUGAAUUUUGAAGUCGAGUCAGAAUCCAGAUUUCCUGGCUCUACUGUUCUUAACCUUCAUUAGUUAGACCCUAAGCUCCAAGCUUGUAGACGGAUUAAUUUAAAAUGCUGGUAAUAUUUACCUACCAUCUAUGGGGCUCUGGGUGCUUUUUUGUUUGUUUGGGAGUGUUUUUGUUUGUUUUUGGAGGUAGGGUUUCUCUGUGUAUCAGUCCUGGCUAUUCUAGAACUCACUUUGUAGACCAGGCUGGCCUUGAACUCACAGAGAUUCACUCAUCAGCCUCCCAAGAGCUGGGAUUAAAGGCAUGUCCCACCAUUGCCCAGCUGUUUCUUUUUUAAGGCCUAUUGGACCUAGUGUAAUUUGUAAGAAAUAUCUCGGUAUGUGUACCCAUACAAGGGUAAUAAAAAUAUUAGAAUUUUCAGUCUGCAUUUUUCAUGUAUUUUCCUUUCAUUUUUCUCAAGUUCAAGAGAAAACAGAAUGAUCAAACAUGAAUUUUCCAGACAUCUAAGAUGAAUGUGUCUUUCAUACCUCAAAGCAGAAGUCAGGUUGGAGGCAUAGUUCAUAAUCUACUAGUUCAUAUUGGACUGGCAAUCUCCUUAGGCUAGUUUGCCCUUUUAUGCAAUGCUUGAGAAAGUUCUCAUUUAAAAUGAGAUUAUUUAAUAAGCAGUAAUCUGUCCUCACGUAAAUGACUGAGGUGAUCCUAGCCUUCCAUAGAACUUCUUAGAUUCCUUGAAGUGGCUUUUGCUCCUUAGUAUUUAUAGAUCUGCUACCAAUGGAAAACUGAGAAGCAAUAAGUAAAUCAGGCACAGUAGCACACACCUGUAAUGCUAGCACUCAGGAGGCUGAGGCAGGAGGAUUGAAUUCCAGGCAGCAUGGGCUGCAAAGUAAGACCCUAAGACAACCUCCUCCCCACCCCACCAAAGGAAGGGAAAACAAGAAGUAGCCAAGUGCUGCUUCUAUGUUGAAAGUUCCCUUUUCUCUGAAAUUAUCAUCUGCACCUAUCUUGGCCAGAAGUGGAUCUGACCUAGGUCCAAACAAUGAGAUACUCUUGUCUAAAAAAUCUGGAGUUGGACAUCAAAAGACAGCCAAGUCUCUCAAGGUGGCUGGAUGUUUAAUUUCAGGAGCUCUAAUGGGGCCAGAUUCUGUUGUACUGUCCAAGAAAGGGGUCCAGUUUUAUAUGGCUGCUCGCAGAACAAGUCUCCAAAGUAGUGGACUGGCAAGAAGUUGACAAAACAUUGAAAGCAAAACCAAACAAAAGCAGCGGGGAGCCGCUGCAUUUAGUUAACAACAGGCUAAGCAAAUGAGACCUCAAAAGAGAAUCAAGUGACAAAAAAGGAAGAAUCUAGGGGACAACUUAAGAAGCAAAUUGGAUUAAAUUAUUAACUACUACAUUUGAUAAAUGUUUGUUAGAGCUACACUUUGAUUUUAUUAUUCAGGUAUUUUUAGGUUAAAAGUAAAAUUAUUUUUAA